GGACGACCACCUGCCCAGCCUCGACGACUGGAAUUCCUGCGGCUUCUCUUGCGGGAAGACGGCGCUCGGCAUGUUGUGCCAUGACAUAUUGAUAGCCGUCGUCAAGGAUGCCCUCCCGAACUGGUCCUCCAUGGACGCGCCCGCGGCGGGGCAAGGGGGCGGUGCUGAGGAGCAGAGGAAGAGGAAUCAACGGAAAGCAUGGAGGGCAAAGAAGGUGCUCGGGAGUGAAAGUCGAAGGCUCGCUGUUUGUUCAAUGGCAUGUUUGGCCAUCCCUUUAGAGCGGCUCCAGGAGGAGCUGACCCACGGUGAUAUGUCGAGUGGAACGAAGCUCUUGUUGCACGUGUUUGAGGAAAAGAGGUCGAACCCAUUCUACAUGUGCCGGGCACGUCUCGCCCGACUGAUGGAUUCUGGAGAUGUGUUCGACACGUUGUUCAGUUAUUUCGGUCAGAGCUUCACUCGCGAGGAAAUCUUGAGCCACAUUCGCGAGAUAGGUUUGGACUUCGGUGGGCAGAUAUAUUGGAGGUUCAGGUGCUAUUUGGAUUUCCCUUUCUUGUUCGCUCGUUGGUCCGACGCUGCAGCAUCCCCUUCAGAUCGCAGGGCAGUGGAAGAUUUGUUCUACAACUCGUUGCGGCCUUGCUGCCGCGACAAGCACUUCACGCAGAAGGUGCAUGACUUGUUUCCUACUGUGGACAGGUUGCGCUCCGCGGAUGGCGAUGUGUUCCGGGAUGCCAUGAACGCUUUCGUUCGCAGUUUCGUCUUCACGAACAUGAGCAGCGAGCGCAUGCUGGCGCAGAUGAGGAGAGCAUGCAGGGAGGGGGAGGUCGAGCGAGUCUGCUCCAGCAGCUUCCUGGCCCAGGCCCUCUCUGAGCACAAGAGGCUUGAUCGCCGGGACCCCUGCGUCAAGACGAGGGCGCAGCUUCUGGAGGACGGAGUUCCGAUCCGUGCUGCAGGGCGCCAGAAGGCGUGGGCGCGACCCGCCAGUGGGUUCGUGCACUUCAUGGCCACAGAGCAGACGAAGCGCAAGAGGGAGUCUGGGCAUCUUGAAGGUGAUUCGUAUGCGGCCUGGAAGGCUGCGAAGUUACAGGAGUGGCACUCGCUAUCAGACGCUCGCAAGCAGGAGGAGGCGGAUAAGGCAGCGCAUUCUCACGCCGUGGCUCAGGCUCAGGCCGCUGAGCAGGGCGAGGAUGCUGCGCCCCAUUGCGGAGCUGACGACGUGCGAUCUACUCGAGAUUACGGGAUCUACCCGACCUUCUUGACGAGCGUCGGGGAC